AUGGGCUCUGAAGGACCAAAGGCAAUUACAAUUCAUGUGACUGGCUUCAAGAAAUUCCUUGGGGUUUCCGAAAAUCCUACUGAGAAAAUAGCCAAUAAUCUGAAAUCCUAUGUGGAGAAACGAGGGUUGCCUUCUGGAUUGAGUCUUGGAAGCUGCACUGUUCUUGAGACUGCUGGGGAAGGUGCAAAGUCUCAGCUUUAUGAGGUUUUGGAGUCUAGUGUUGUUGCCUCUGGUGAUAAGAACACUAAUGGCACUGUUGUUUGGCUUCAUCUCGGUGUGAACAGCGGAGCGACAAAGUUCGCCAUUGAAACAAAAGCAGUGAACGAGGCUCAUUUCCGUUGUCCUGACCAAUUAGGCUGGCAACCACAGCGGCUUCCUAUUGUUGUUGAAGAUGGAAGCAUUUCAAAGGCAAUAGAGACUUCAUGCUCGUCUGAGUCGAUUUUCAAGUUACUGAAGAGUAAAGGCUUCGACGUCAUGCAAUCAGACGACGCUGGACGGUUUGUGUGCAACUACGUGUACUACCACUCUCUGAGAUUCGCAGAGCAAAAGGGACACAAGUCUCUCUUCGUUCACGUUCCUCUCUUCUCCAGAAUUGAUGAAGACACUCAGAUGCAAUUCGUGGUCUCUCUAUUGGAGGCAAUUGCAGCUACUUGCUAG